UGUAGACCUUACAGGGUGCGGGGCGGUCUUAUAAAAGCAGUCAGUCUGCACCGUGUUCCUCAUUCCUACACAUCAACCGAGCCCGAAAUUCCAAGACGCUGUCACUGCACCUAGCAUUAACAUGAAGAGGAUCAUCACCGUGUUUGGAGCCACAGGUAAGAAGGACGCACAGAGCAACUUAUAGAAACGUGGGGACACAAUGGAGAGGUGGGGGAAUGGUUUAUAACACUAUCUACCCCCAGCUGCUGCAGGACUGCAACUCUCUUGAUGCUUUGCCAGCAAGUAGUAUUGCCUGUGCAUUAUAUCAAGAAGAAUGCGGCCAUUGUCAGAGGGUGGUUUGUGAUGGAGGUUUUGGCCAGAGAUGGGAUAAGCUUUCACAAAACACGUGAAUCUUUCUACAAACAAACAAUGCUUGAGCUUCAGGGAUAAGCAGGUCAUGUUAGGACACAGACAAACUGUGCAGAGUGCAGACACACACAUACACAGAUACGGUGCAGCCACACACACAUACACAGAUACGGUGCAGAUAUACACAGAGAGAUACAUGCAGCCACACACACACAGAUAUGGUGCUGAUACACACACACACAGAUACGGUGCAGAGUGCAGACACACACACACACAAAUAUGGUGCAGACACACACACACACACAUAGAUACGGUACAGACACACACACAGAUAUGGUGCAGACACACACAGACACACAUAGAUACGGUACAGACACACACACAGAUACGGUACAGACACACAUAGAUACAGUACAGACACACACACACAGAUACGGUGCAAACACACACACACAUAAAUACGGUACAGACACACACACGGAUACGGUGCAAACACACACAGACACACAUAGAUACGGUACAGACACACACACACACAGAUACGGUGCAGACACACACACAUAGAUACGGUACAGACACACACACACAUAGAUACGGUACAGACACACACACAGAUAUGGUGCAGACACACACAGACACACAUAGAUACGGUACAGACACACACACAGAUACGGUACAGACACACAUAGAUACAGUACAGACACACACACACAGAUACGGUGCAAACACACACACACAUAAAUACGGUACAGACACACACACAGAUACGGUGCAGACACACACAGACACACAUAGAUACGGUACAGACACACACACACACACACAGAUACGGUGCAGACACACACACAUAGAUACGGUACAGACACACACACAGAUAUGGUGCAGACACACACACACACAUAGAUACGGUGCAGACACACACACAAUGUUUAGCCACAUAUUGAUUGAUAAGUUACACGCACACUGAUUGUGUAGCUAUACACACUGAAUACAAAUUUACACACUGAUUGUGUAGUUAUAUAGACAUCGCAAAUCUACACAGUUACACACACAUUGAUUAAUACGUUAUACAUACUUUGAUUGUGAAAUUACACACAUUAAAUGUAUAAUUGUACAGGCAUGCAGAGUUUUUUACUAAAGUGAGACUUGCCUGAAAUUCAAUUCAAUUUGUGACCCAGAAUAGCUGCACUUGAAGCAAAAUGCUACACAAAACAACACUACAUAAAACACUACACAAAACACUAGACAAAACACUACACACAAAGGCUGCACACACGGAUUGUUACAUUUCACACACACUGAUUGUGAAGUUACACAUGGAUUGUGGCAUUGCGCAAACACUGAUUGUGAAGUUGCAUACACACUAAUUGUGAAGAUACACAUGAAUUGUGACAUUGCACACACACUGAUUGUGGUUACACAUGAAUUGUGACAUUGCGCACACACUGUGACAUUGCGCACACACUGAUUGGGACAUUGCACACACACUGAUUGUGGUUACACGUGAAUUGUGACAUUGCGCACACACUGAUUGUGGGAUACACAUGAAUUGUGACAUUGCGCACACACUGAUUGUGAAGUUACACAUGGAUUGUGACAUUGCACACACACUGAUUGUGAUGUUGCACACACACUAAUUGUGACAUUUGUGACAUUGCACACACACUGAUUGUGAUGUUGCACACACACUAAUUGUGACAUUGCACACACACUGAUUGCGAAGUUACACGUGGAUUGGGACAUUGCGUGUGCACACACUGAUUGUGCCAUUUCUCACGCAAACUGAUUGUGAAGUUACACAUGGAUUGUGACAUUGCGUGUGCACACACUGAUUGUGCCAUUUCUCACGCACACUGAUUGCGGCUUUACACACAGUAGCUGCCAAAGAGAACAGCAGUGUGAGUGUGAGUGCACGUACUGCAUGUUGUGACUUGGCACUGACUGAAUGCCCUGCAGCCUGGCACAGUCUGUGGGUAAACAGUGGCAUGUAGAGUUCCAUAACUCGGACCCACCCAGCUGGCCACGGUUCAGUUAGAUCAGUUCUAACCUUACCUGAAACUUUACAUUGUGAGUUCUGCUAAAGACACAACUCCUAUGCGUUUUAUUAGUGUAGCUUUACAAGUGUCAUUUGUACACUAUGUUAUAAGUUGCUUUGAGAACAAUUUUAUGCAUCUAUAUGUUUUUUUUUUUGUGGGGUUUUUUUUGUUACAAUUUUUAGCAGGAAUGAAAUGAAUGCAGGGCAUUAAGCUUUGCUGACAGCAAAAAGAAACAUAGAUUAAAAACAGUAUAUCAAACUGUCAUUUAGACUCAUUGAGUCAGUUAUUCUUAGAUGAAUGCAGUAUGAUGAACAAGCUGUUCUUCAAUCUAUAACUGUGUACACCUGAAACAGCUCCCCCUCCUGAUAAACACUCACUAUAUAUGAUAAAUACUGUUGCAAGGUAUCACAUGGGUGUCCUACACAUUAAAGAUGGCUCUUAUCCAAGGUCCUUUAAGCAUAGGGUUUUAUUCUGUAGUUUUAGCUCCCAGAGUAACCACAAUUCUUUGAGUAAAACAGGUUUAUGGUCACUCCCUCACAAGAGCUUUCCUACAGAUUAUAGGAUUAAUUUUUAUUACUAGAAUGUGGUGUGGCCAAUCAGAGCAGACUGGGCCAAGCCCAAAUAUACUCUUUUUAUAUUCUCAGAGUACAUGGGACUGCGUAGCCAUCAAUGCUACUUAGGUUACAGUUUCAACACCUUUAUUUUAUUCAGGGCAAGCCGUGCAGUAUGUUUUUACAUCAGCGAGGCUACCUCUUCACCUUGAUUGAAUUUCUCUGAUUUUCUUGCUCUUCAUUGAUCUCACACCCUCCAAAUAAACUUUUUCUCACAAGGUGCCCAAGGAGGGUCGGUAGCGAAAGCUCUCUUGAAGGAUGGUACCUUCAUUGUCAGAGCUGUGACCCGGGACACCAGUAAGCCUGCAGCCCUGAAGCUGAAAGAGGCCGGGGCAGAGGUGGUGGCUGCUGACAUGGAUGACAAAAAGAGUUUAGAGGCUGCUCUCAGCAAAGCCUACGGAGCUUUUAUUGUCACCAAUUUCUGGGAACAUUUCAGCAAAGAAAAGGAGAUUGCACAGGUAAGACCUAUCUCCACCAGUAAGUGUCCCUGGGCAAGAUUCCGAACAAUAUAUAUCUGCCAGGAGAGGGCUGGCAAGUCUAGGCCUUGGGGGCAAUAAGAAAGAAAAGUUUAGUUUACCUUCUCGUGCAGUGCAUGCACUAUUUGGAUUUGACAGAUAUCUCUGCAACCUCCAUCAUUAUCACCUGGGUACCAUGAUGGAACAUUCUCAGAGAUCUGUGAAUUACUAAGGACCACAGAAUCUGUUGCCUAUGACUCUAUUGCUGCCAAUGAAAGAUAUCAGAGUGAACCAGUCUAGGUCUGGAGGACAAUGAGAUUCCAGGCCAGCAGGUCAUGUAAAAAGAAAGUCAUACUUGCAAAGACUUGCACGAAUCCUGUCCACUGCCUGGUUUAAUCUGUAGAAGAAGGUCCAUAACUUCUGCAUGCAAGUGGCCCCCCUUGCCAGCCUACCCCUGAUAUCUGCCUAACUCAAAUCCUCAUAGAUUGUAAGCUCAUUUGGAACAUGGACUUCACCUCUAAAUACCCAGUUUCUAUCAUUGUAAGGCAAUGUUGAAUAUGUUGUCGGUGCUAUGCAAAUGACAAUAAUAAGUAGUAAUGCUAAUUUCUAUAAGUGGCUUUACUAUGUUUUAUGUUAACUUUUGUCACUUUUAUCAAAAUGUGAAAUUUGCACUCUUGAAUUAAGAAUUUAAUCUUCACUUUUGGUGUAUAUUGUUGUUAAAUGUCUCACUGUUGGUCCUAAAAAAAAGUGUACCUCUCUGGCUUUUUAAAUUGUAUGUAAAACCACUAAAAUUAUUAUAAAAAUUAAGAAUUUAUUAUAAAAUUCAGAAUCUGUAAAAGGUUAGAAUUUAAAGUAAUCUGUACCUGGAUAUAUAUGCAAAUAAGAUUAAAUGAGCUACUGAUGUAACCCUAUUCCCUAAUAGGUCUGUAAGGUCAAAUAAACCAUCAGUACUUCGUGACAGAGAAUAGCGUUUAAUUGGGUCAGAAACAUUGUUUUUCUUCUUAAAGAGGUCUUAUCUUCGUAGGGCAAAUUGAUUGCGGAUUUGUCCAAAAAACUGGACCUCAAACACGUGGUCUAUAGUGGCUUGGAAAAUGUGAAGAAAUUGACAGGAGACAAGCUGGAAGUCUUGCAUUUUGAUGGCAAAGGAGAGAUAGAGGAAUACUUCAGGGCCAUUGGAGUCCCGAUGACCAGUGUUAGACUUGCAUUUUACUAUGAGAACUUCCUGACAUCCAAACCCAGAAAAUCAGCAGAUGGGAAGACCUACGAGCUGAGUAAGUCAAUCAUUCCAACCAAUCUAUAUUCCACAAACGGAUUAAAAUGCUCAAUUACGGAGUAGCCGUGUAUAAUUCAGCGGUGUUAAUGACAUUUACAUAGGACAAACAAAGUAUAUGUAAUAUGUGAGAAAUCAAAGGUGGCAUACUAAUCAGAUUUUCAAUAAAAUGCAUCACGAAGUAGGGGUAAUUACAGAGUGUGCUCAUCAUGUUGUAAUGGAUAUUGUGAUUUACCUGAUUUGAGAGGAUGGGGGGGGAAGAGGAGUGAGGUUUUAGCACAGUGUAUACUGGUGUCAUCCAUAUGUUCUCUGUCAAUGUAAUUCUUGCAAGUAUGGGUCUUCUUUUAAACUGUUAAAUACUUUGGUAACUAGGAGUCAGACAAAUAUGUUUAUAGAUGAUGUUGAGGAAGAAGGGUUCAGUGGCUGGUUAUUAAUGGUGUCUUCUAAAUGAUUAAUAAUGUGCACAAUUCCAGACCUCCCAAUGUGUGAUGUCCCAAUGGAUGGGAUAUCUGUGGCUGAUCUGGGUCCUGUUGUGGUCAGCAUUUUGAAGUGCCCAUCAGAAUACAUCGGAAAGGAUAUCGGACUUAGUGCGGAGAAGCUAACCAUAGAGCAGUAUGCAGCCAUCAUGUCCAAGGUCACAGGCAAGACCAUUAAAGACGCUAAGGUGAGCAAUUUAAGUUCCUGAAUGCUAUCCAGAUACCGGUUAAUAUAAUCAUAAGAUGUAUUCACCCCACACAGUGAAGGUACCUGCUUCCUAAUUUUCAAAGUUUCUAAUAACAAAUUUUUUUUUGUUUGUUUAUGCAAUGUUUAAUGCAGUUUCUAUUAAGUAGCCUUUACCAUCCCAGCUAUCUGCAAGUAGUGGAGAUCAUCUUGACCCAGACCUCGGUUUGUCUCACCUACAGAUUUCUCCUGACCAGUAUGAAAAAUUGGGAUUCCCGGGAGCGGGAGAGAUGGCAAACAUGUUCCGAUUUUACCUGUUGAAGCCUGAUCGGGAUGAGAAGCUCACACACAAACUCAACCCCCAAACCAAGACAUUCAAGCAAUGGUUUGAAGAGAACAAAGAGGCGUACAAAGAUUUGUAACCAACGCCCGAAACUGGUCAAAGUAUUUUACAAACAAGCUCUUAGGACGUCCUUUGGUAGAGACAGCUUUUCAAUGACCAAGAAACGAUUAUGGGGAGAUUGCCACCUAAACUAGUAGAAGAUUUGUGUGAACUAUCAAAAAAAACUUGGACUUAGAAUUAACCUUGUUCUACCCUGACCAUUGUGGCCUACAAACUUAUGGGUAACAGUUAUGUUAAAACCUGGAAGAAGAUGUUUAAAGUGACACAGUCCUUACAAUUUUAAUUCCCAUAAGUCAUUUUAAAACAAUUAUCUCAACAAAUUCAUAUCUUCAUCUAAACAAGCUAUAGCAGGUCUAUCUCUUCAUUAACACUUCAAGAUCUUUCAGUGUUUCAAUAUGUAGGUGACCAUCUUAGAAUCACAUCAUGUUUCUCAAUUUCUCAGUUACAGUAACUAAUAGGGAAAAAUUAGGCUCCAGUGAGUGAGUGAGGUCAGCAGAUUCUUAUAUUUCGCUGACUUUCAGAGAAGAUUAAUUACUUGUAUGAACCGACACAAGACACUGCAUAGUCACUGCAAGUUAAGGAAGAUUCAAUGUGUUAAGAAAAAGAAGUGCUGGAAAGAAUAAUGACGAUCUGUAUGUUCUGUUAAAUAUUUUUUUUUUUAGAAACAUACAUACAAUAUUUGAUGACGGGGCCAUUCUAAUAACGGCGUCAUUUUGAACAUAUAGAUUGUAAUUCAGACUCCCGGCAUUGAUAAAGCCUUGCGAUUGGACUUUAUACAGUUCAACUUAAAUAGACACAAUAGUAUAACGUUAAUACAUUGUGUUAACUCCAGAGUAAGAUGGAGGAGGAAAACUGUAGUAAAAAUAUUCAAAAUAGAUUACGUUAACACAUGGCUUAGGUAACCAAAUUCUUGAAUAAUUAAAGAGUUACUCCAAGCACAAUGACCAUUUCAGUGAUUCAAAGCGGUUAUGGUGCUUGGAGGCUGUGUGUACAGCAUUUCAUAGUGAUUGAGGUACACUCCUUUGCUGCCGAAGGUGUAACUCCACCUCCGGUAGCAUCACUAGGGUGCUUUAGCCGGCAAGGAACAAGCGUUGUGGGCUGGCUAAUGUAAAUUCUGUGCAUAUUGGACGUCUGUUCUCAGCACAUACAGCAAGCCAGGCUACAGAGGACCAAUGGUGCUACAGCUGCCCUCGGUGCCAAAACACAAAUUCGUUUUAGCGUUAUUCUUUCAUUAAAUUUAUAAAUGCUGUUUUUUGGAAUAACCUUUCAUGUGGAUAAGGCUGAUUUGGCAUUUCCUGUAAAUCGGUUCAUACAUAUCAAAAUAGUUUUCUGACUGUGACACUUUUCAACAUCUCCUCCGCAAUUAGCAUGGUCUGCGUGAACAAAUGGCUUUUUAUAUAUUUAAGAAACGGAUCAAAAAAUUCACUUGUCUUUUGUAUGGUUUUGUAAUAAACAGACUGCUCUGACAA